AUGCUGUACCUGGCAAAGCUCUGGCCGCAAGCCUUGCUUCAGGAGAUCUUGCUACGAAGCCAGCACAUCUAUUUGCUCAAAAGGCCAGCAAACUUACCUGUAUUUAUGUCUUCCAAGAGGCAUGCAGGUCAGUUGAUUCAGGCGCACUCGUCAAAGUUGUGGAGGGACACGGAUCCGAAAUGUGUAAGGAAUUGCCGCAUGCGGAUGUCCAGGUGGUGCAUGAGAUUUUGGAUAGGUGUGGAGAGGCGAUGUUGCAAUGUGCAGGCCCGCCUCCGGCUUUUCAGCAUCGUGAGCAAGAUUUGCAUCCAGCCAGGCUCUCAGGCUGGGACAUCAACACAUGUGAAAGAGUGCAGCGUAGCCAAGGUCAACCCUGGCGUGUGGAAUCUUGAUGUCAACGCUGGCGAUCAACAUCUGUGGCGUGGGUGA